AUGAGAUAGAGCACAACUGAUGUUGAGUUGAACGGCUUUAAAAUUACAGCAGUUGACGAUGUUGAUUCUCACAAAGAUCUGAUAUUCCUUCAUGGAUUAUUGGGCCAAGGGAAAAAUUGGAGAUCAUUCGCUCUUAAUGAUGUCGUAAGACAACUUAAUUAUUAAUAUGAAACAUAGAUAUCUUCAAAGAGAAAUGUAUACUUGGUAGAUAUAAGGAAUCACGGAGAGUCUGAUCAUCACAUGAGCAUGACUUACAGAGAAAUGGCAGACGACGUUCUGAGGUAUGCAGACACCAAGCAAAUAAACAGAUUUUCCUUGCUUGGUCAUAAUCUCGGUGCUAAAGUUGCAAUGACUCUGGCUUGCUCUCACCCAGAUAGAGUCAACACACUUAUCAGUAUUGAUACUGCACCUAAGAGUUUCGCUAAUGAUAAGCAAAUAGUCAAUCAAACCAUUGAGAGCAUCUAGAAGAUUAAGAACUUGAAUAUCGAGGGCAAGACCAGAAAGACUGCUAUGGACGUCAUACAGUAAAGUUUUAAAGACCCAGGCAUUGCUAAUUUUGUUGCCAGCAACUUAGUAUAUGAUGAGUCAAAUGAUAGGAAAUUCGUCAAAUGGUGCGUAGAUCUAGACGCAAUUCUGUUGAAUUAUGAAAACAUCAUUGGGUUUGAUGAUAAAAUAGAACCCUACUAAGGACCAUCCUUAUUCUUGAAUGGGAGUCUUAGUGUUAAGCAUGAUGAGAGUGUAUAUAAAAAGCACUUCCCCAACUGUACAAUUGAGACUGUUGAAGGGGCAGGUCACUACCUACACACUGAUAAACCCAAAAUAGCAGUCACAAGUAUUGCUAGAUUCUUAGAUCAAAAUGAAAGAAAUGAAAGGUAAACAGCUGCUGCUCUAUGA